UUAGUUACACGUUAGUUUUGUUUCCCACGGAGGGAGCCGCCAGUUUCUCUCUCUGUCUCCCUCUUCCCCGAAUGGUUGAUGAAAGAAAGAGAAAAAAAAAAAAAGGAAGGAGAAGAAAAAAGGAGGAAAAGUCGAACCAGAGGCUCACGUCAAAGAACGUCCCAAAUCGCGAAUAGCCUCUCAAAUCUCGCUCCGUCCUUAUUCCCGGCAAUCGCCGGUGACGCUUCGCCGGAAACUGUUCGACGCCCGCGAUAUCUAUGCUCUACGUUCUCGGAUCGUCUUUGAUCAGAGAUUGGCCCCGAGAUUUUCAGAUUCUCGACGUUGCUUGUUGCGUCGGUAAAUUCCGUCCCCAUUCCCGCCAUUUACGGUCUCGACAAUCGAAAUCCGGUGUUUGAAUGCGCACGAGGAUUAGGAAAUUUUGCAGGAUUCCGAAAAAGUUAUAGGAAGGAUAGGGUUUUGGUUUCUGAUCUCGUGAAGAAGUGAAGUAGGCGGUUUUUGAGCUGGUUACGAUCGUCGUAUGUGGUUAAUGUACAUCGGAUUUCCACGGGAAGGAGUAUCUAGAUUCUGGAUUCUCAGGUUUGAGGAAGCUACUACUGGUAUUGGUUAGAUAGGGUUAACGAUUCAGAACUCGUUUCUUGCCACAACCCAAUUUAAACGUGGAGAUUGAAUGAUGUUAGGCAAUUUGGUUGAGACUGAUUCGAAUGGGUAUUAGCCCGCAACAGCUUCAAUGGCCGAUUCUCUGAGAAUUAGUCUCGCUGAGAGAGACGUUGAACAGGCCAUUACCGCACUGAAGAAAGGGUCAUACUUGCUGAAGUACGGUCGCAGAGGGAAACCCAAGUUCUGUCCUUUCCACCUCUCUAGUGACGAGUCUGGAUUAGUUUGGUACUCUGGCAAAGAAGAGAAGCAGGUUAAACUGAGUCAAGUUCUGAGAAUUGUUCCUGGACAGCGCACUGCUACAUUUAAGAGAUAUCCACGCCCUGAAAAAGAGUACCAGUCAUUUUCACUGAUAUGCGUUGAUAGGUCCUUGGAUCUGAUAUGCAAAGACAAAGAUGAAGCAGAAGUCUGGUUUGUCGGCCUAAAGGCAUUGAUUACUCGAGGAAAAACCGGCAAGUGGAGAAACAGUAUAAAAUCUGAGACUGAGGAAAGUCCUAGAACUGUAGCACGGAGAGUCUCUCCCUUCGUAACUGUUCUUGAUCAAGUGAUUCAACCCCCUCCUGAGAUUCCUUCGCAAAAUAGGUUGGGGAAGGUAUUUUCUGACAUUGUCUCGUUAACAGCGCCCACCAACAACAAUCAAACAGAAGCCCCUCCCAACCCCUUCAGUGCAUUACCACCAUUGAAUCUUGAAAAUUCAAAUUCUCGAACCUCGACUACUGAUCCAGUUCGCAUCAGUCUAUCUAGCGCUGUAAGCACGUCUAGCCACGGUUCAUGUCAUGAAGACUAUGAUGAUGCCUUGGGCGAUAUUCUCAUCUGGGGUGAAGGUAUAAGUGAUGGGGUCCUCAGUGGUACAAGAAAGUCGACCAGUUCCACAAAAGAGGAUGCCCUUUUACCAAAAACAUUAGAAUCAACAAUAGUUCUUGAUGUUCAUAGCAUUGCAUGUGGUAGGAGUCAUUCAGCUUUAGUUACCAAACAAGGAGAGAUCUUCAGCUGGGGUGAUGGAACAGGUGGAAAGCUAGGGCAUGGCUUAGAAGAAGAUGCCCCCAAACCAAAGCUCAUCAGUAGUAUGAGGGGGACAAGCGUCGAAUUCGUAGCAUGUGGAGAGUUCCAUACCUGUGCUGUUACUCUUUCUGGUGAACUUUACACAUGGGGUGAUGGCACUCGAAAUGCUGAUAUGCUUGGGCAUGGGAGUGAAGCCAGCUAUUGGAUUCCCAAGAGAGUGAGUGGUAUCUUAGAAGGAAUGCAUGUAUCAUAUGUUGCUUGUGGCCCCUGGCAUACAGCAGUGGUGACAUCAUCAGGCCAAUUGUUCACAUUCGGAGAUGGAUCUUUCGGAGCACUUGGUCAUGGAGACCGUAGUAGCACUAGUUUUCCACGUGAAGUUGAAAGCCUGAGCGGAUUAAGGGCGAUAAGGAUUGCCUGUGGCGUUUGGCAUACAGCUGCUGUGGUAGAAAUGAUAACUGAAGCCUCUGAUUCAGAACCCAGCUCUUCAAUUGGGCAGUUGUUCACAUGGGGGGGUGGAGACAAAGGCCAACUUGGACACGUUGACAAUGAUGCAAAACUCCUGCCCAAGUCUGUAAAUGCACUGGCAAAUGAAAAUCUCUGCCAAGUUGCCUGUGGCCAUUCAAUCACAGUUGCUCUUACAACCACAGGGUCUGUGUAUACAAUGGGUAGCACAGUUUACGGGCAGCUGGGAAAUCCUAAUUCACACGGGAAGGUUCCUGCACGUGUCGAAGGAGACAUAGCGGAAUCUCUUGUUGAGGAGAUUGCCUGUGGUUCUUAUCACGUUGCAGUUUUGACAUCUAAAUCAGAGGUUUACACGUGGGGGAAGGGAUCAAAUGGACAGUUGGGCCAUGGAAAUAUCGAGAACAAAAAGGAACCUGCGGCCGUGGGGUUUCUCAAGGAUAAACACGUGAAGGCUAUAACAUGCGGAUCUAACUUUACUGCUGUUAUCUGCAUUCACAAAUGGGUGCCUGGCUCUGAACAUUCUGUCUGUGCAGGUUGCCGUAAUCCCUUUAACUUCAGAAGAAAACGCCACAACUGUUACAACUGUGGUCUGUUUUUUUGUAAAGUAUGCAGCAGUAGGAAGUCUCUGAGAGCAGCCCUUGCACCCGAUAUGAACAAGCCAUAUCGAGUGUGUCAUGGAUGUUUUACUAAGCUGAAAAAGACAAUGGAUCCACCUCCUUCUGUGCCACCGACCAAAUCUAGAAAUGGGUAUAAGCUGAAGCAAGCAGAUCUUUCAGACAGAGAGGUCACAGGUCCAAAACUUCUCAGACAACACUCCAGAAUCUCAUCCGUAGACUCGGUUGUGCAAGGUGAAGGAAGGCAAAUCAGACGAGAUCUAAAAACAGAAGCAAACGAUCGUAUUCUAUUCCCUCCUCUGACCGGCAGUGUACCGUUGUCAAGACUUUCGACGAAUUUAUUGGAUAAUAUUCCUGCUUCCAGAGCAAGCUCCCACACAGCUUCUCCGGUCUCUGUAAAAUCAAGUCCAAGGCGGUCUUCUGAAGUAACAUCUGAGGAAUCUAAGCACACAAAAGACAAUGUUAAUCAAGAAAUAGUCACUCUAAGAGAACAGGUGGAGCAACUUACAUCUAGAACCCAUCACCUUGAAGAAGAACUUGAGAAAACGAGAAAGCAGUUGAAAGUGGUCACCGCAAUGGCAGCAGACGAAGCAGAAGAAUGCAGAUCGGCAAAGGACGUUAUUAGAUCUCUGACCGCUCAGUUGAAGGAGAUGGCAGAAAAAAUACCACCGAAGGAUGUAUCUAGCACCAACUCAAAGCGUAAAGUCAAAGACUUAUCAGACACUCAAAUUCAAACGAGCAACCAGACCCACAUAAGAAGCAUGGUGGCUCAUGAUAACGAACCGAACUGCAAAAGCUCGACUAAUGGAGGCAAGAGACAGAGUGAAAAGGCAGAGAGGGUGGUGCAUGAUGAACCGGGAGUGUACUUAACAUUGAUUCCUUUACCAACCGGUGGUAAUGAACUGAAACGUGUCCGCUUCAGCCGGAAACAAUUUACGGAAGAACAAGCCGAGAAGUGGUGGGGUGAAAAUGGAGCUAAAGUAUGCGAGCGUCACAACAUCAUAAUCUCGUAGGAUUCUUUUCGCCUUUUUCACUUUCUUGCAUAUCUACCGAGGGGCGACUUUAGAUUUUUCUUUCUUCACCAAGAGAUUCUGUAACAGGUAGACAGAGAGAGUAAGAGAAGAUAGCAACAGACAGCAUUAAAUAGAGAAACACCUCUUUUGUUAAAUCCAUUAAGACUGCUUAAUCAUAGUUACAGUUUCAUUUUUUCUUUUGGUUCUUCUUUUAUCUGCACAUGUUAGCACAAAACUAUGAUUCUUCAAAAAGAAAUUUUAUAAAGUUGGGUUUUGUAGCUGCCUGCGAGCAGAACUAACAAGGCCAUUAGCCU